AUGACCGAUCAACCCGGUCAAAACGGCAAAGAUAAAACAUCCCAACGGGGUAGAUACAUCCGUUUCAUGGAGUUGGAGGAGUCGUUGUUUCCCGACAACGAGGGAGACUUCGCCUCCUCCUUCAUGAAUCCCAGAAGACCGAGAAUCCAAUCGGAUCGGCCUUCUCCCUUCGAUCCGAGGAAUUCGGAAGAAGCCUAUCGUUACGCCGGGAACAGGGUUUGGACUGGAGAAGCAGUCGUAUAUGCUUCUCCUUUCUGGCUAGAGGAGCUAAUGGAUUUUAACCCAUCACAAAAUCCAUCCUUCUCACAAACUGGCACGCCAGAAGUGACAGAAAGUACGGGGAUCCUGGUAGGAUCCCCACAGGCCGGGGACUCGUCGUACUUUGGGAAUCCCCAAGGUUCCGGUUCCGUUUCCGGACUCCAAAGUUCCCGUGGGGCGAUAACCCCAUCGUCUACCAAGAAGCCCCGACGACAAGACAAGGACAAGUUCCAAUUCGUCGGGUGGAACGAUGAAGCGAAGCGGGCGCUAUACCGCCGGAAACGGAUAUUGAAGAAAGGUUCUUCUUUCUUCCUACACCAAUUCCCGGGCGAGACCGAAGUAUCGGUGCGAGAUGCGUGGGAAAAGUACGGCGAGGAGGGAAAGCGGCUGUACGAAGAGUGGGAGGCUGCGGAAGAAGAGUAA